AUGGGAUCAGCAGGACGCGAGCAUCAACCUCUUUUACCUUCUUACUCUCCCUGUGGAGCCCAUACACGUCCUUUUAAUCACCCACUUGAAUCUCCUUCAUGGCCUGCGACUUUUGAAGAAGGACUUGAAGCUCGAAUGGCAUCGCCCAUGUCCGUGACUCCACGUCUUCUUUCUUUCCAGAGCAGUCCACACAAUGAGAGACAGAGAUUUCUACAUCAACAGCAGCAGAGAGAAGGAUUCUUAUCUCCAGUGAGCAGUGGUGGCGUCAUUUCUACUCAAGGCACUAGCAGCUUUAAAGACGCUGUGUUUAAUGCCAUUAAUGUGCUAUUGGGUGUGGGUGUACUCUCCAGUCCCUUUUCAUUACGUUCUAGUGGGUGGCUCAUUGGUAUGCCACUUCUCCUUUUCUUCACUCUCGUGACAAAUCAUACGGCCAAAUUGCUGGGCAAGUGUCUGGACUACCAGGAAGGCAUGACAACGUAUCCGGACAUCGGAGAAGCAGCUUUUGGCACUCGAGGACGAGUGAUCAUUGGAAUCACGUUCUUUGCCGAGCUCUUUACGGCUUGUGCAAUGUUUUACGUGCUUAUUGGUGAUACGUUAGCGGCCUUGAUUCCGUCAUUUACGGAGACACAGUUGACGGUUAUGGCGUUUUUACUUAUUAUGCCGUCCGUCUGGACAACACGUAUGUCCAUGUUGUCGAAUCUUAGCAUUUUGGGCAUAUUCUCGUCCUUCUUCUGCCUCUACACUAUUUUUUACGUCGGGUUUGCGAUAGACACCAAAGCACCUGGAUAUGAAAUGGGUAGUUUGUUGCACCCGCAGCCUCUGCAAAUGAUAGGGGACGUCGAUCGUAUUCCGCUUGCCAUUGGACUCACGAUGGUGGCGUUUGGUGGUCACUCGGUCUUUCCAUCCAUUUGCAGCUCCAUGGCGAACAAGAAGGACUAUCCGCGUAUGCUCGACUUAUCGUACGUGAUUGUGGGGAUCGUGUAUGCCUCGAUCGAGCUAGCUGGCUAUCUCAUGUACGGCGUUGCUACUCAGAAAGAGAUCACGCUCAAUUUGAUUGCGACGUAUCCGGGGAUACUCACACAGAUGGUGGUUUGGACAAUCGCGCUCAACCCUAUGAGCAAGAUCGCAAUAACGCUGCAUCCGAUUGCGCUGGCGCUGGAAGAGUUUUUGCUUUCGCCGAGCCAGAAGCGUGCUGCUGCACGAAACAAAGCAAGCAAGACCCUCGUGUUCUAUCGAGCCUUCAUCCGUACGAUACUUGGCAUCACUGCAUUGUGCUGUGCGCUUUUUGUGCCCCACUUUGCCCGUGUCACAUCAUUUCUCGGGGCUUUCUUUGCGAUGCUGGUCUCCGUGUUCUUGCCGUGCAUCUGCUAUCUCAAGCUCUUUUCUUGCAGCUUGUCAAAGGGCGAGAUUGCGUUCAAUGCGGGACUGGCUGGACUUUCCCUCAUCUUGAUGGUUUUUGGCACCCUCGCGUCAUUCUUGUCUCCCACAAAUUAG